AUGUCUCCAAAAGAGAAGAAACGAAAGCUAAGAUCAUCUGAAAUCGGAAGUCCCUCUCUUCCAAAGAUUGAUGUAAAGAAGAAGAAGAAGAAGGUUAGCAAAUCACUAAUAACCACAAGUCCCUCUCACUCAGAGAAGGAUCUUGUAAUCCCAAGUCCCUCGUUAAUCUCAAAGGUUAAUGUGGGAAUAGCGAUGUCGAAGCAAAAUGACGUCGCUAUGUUUCUUACGGAGAAAGUGAUCUCUGCCGUAGCCACAAACUCAAACUUCGUCUUCUCUCCCACAUCAAUCAACUCCGUUCUCACCAUGGUCGCUGCUAGCUCUAAAGACGAAACACUAAGAUCCUCCAUCGUGUCUUUCCUUAGGUCUUAUUCAAUCGAUGAGCUCAACGCUGUUUUCAGCGAGGUCGCUGCCAACGUCCUCGUUGAUGGAAGCACAAGCGGUGGCCCUAAGAUCGCGGCCGUUAAUGGAGUUUGGAUGGAGCAAUCUCUUGUUGUUGAUCCCUUGUUGAAGGAUCUCUUUGAGAAUUUCUUCAAGGCUAGUUUCUCACUAGUUGAUUUCCAAUUCAAGGCCGAAGAAGUGCGUGAGGAGGUUAAUGCUUGGGCUUCAAAGCACACUAAUGGCCUCAUCAAAAAUAUUCUUCCACCUAGAUCCGUUACAAGGGACACCCACUCUGUUUAUGGAAACGCAUUGUACUUCAAAGGAACCUGGGAGCAAAAAUUCCCAAAGUUUUUGACAAGAGACAAAAAGUUUCACCUUCUCAGUGGCACAUCAGUCUCUGUGCCUUUCAUGAGUAACAAAAGUACGAGGCAAUACAUUGAGAAGUACAACGGUUUCAAGGUCCUUAAGCUGCCAUUUCGACAAAGCGGUGACAUCACUCGCCAAUUCUCAAUGUAUUUCUAUCUACCGGACGCCAAGGAUGGAUUGACUCCUCUGGUGAAGAAGAUGGCAUCUUGUACUCGUGGUUUCUUGGAUUUACACACUCCAACAAAACAAGUUCAAGUUGGUCAGUUCAGAAUCCCAAAGUUUAAGAUAGAUUUCGGGUUUGAGGCUUCAAGUGCUUUGAAUGGAUUGGAUCUUGUUUCGGUUUCAUUGUACCAUAAAGCCUUGGUCGAAGUCGAUGAAGAUGGUGCCUUAGGUGCUGCUGUUACAGUUGUAUCAUGUGGUGGUGGUGGUAGAGGCCAAAACACUAGGAAGAUAGAUUUUGUGGCUGAUCAUCCAUUCCUUUUUAUGAUUAGAGAAGACAAAACUGGAACCGUUUUGUUCGUUGGUCAGAUGUUUGAUCCUUCUAAAUCUUCUUCUGCUUAG